UAUUUCUAGAAAUGUCAUUUUCAUGUUUAUUGUUGACUUGUCGAUCUUGAUUUUCAAUUUGAUAUAGUAAAAUUUCAUUUGCGAUUCAAUUGCGAUUACUGUCCGAGUGUUGAAAUUCUGAAAAACAAACAGUUAUAUAUAAAAAAAUGGAUAUUUACGGGUAUACGGCAUUCCCGUACAACCAGUCAGACGAACUGUCGAAACAAAUGUUUGCGCAGCAAGCAUUUGCUAACCCCGGCCCGUAUCGAGAAAUACCAGAAGGCCAUAACAUGCCGGCUCCUACAGGGACUCCGUGGAAUGUAACGAGCCUGCCAUGGAGCAUGCAAUCACCACCAAAUCUUGUACAGUUUACUGCACAGACACCCACGGAAAUGAAAGUGUCUGCAGUAGUCCAUUGUAAGAGAAAGAGUUUAGAUGUUGAACCAGUAAUUCCUCCAAAACAGUUGAUUACUGAAGAGAAAAUGGCUGCACAUCUUAGCAGCCUCCAUAUAUCUGCAAACUACACACAACACUCUCUGUCUUCUGAGGAUGUCAUGGAAGUUGGAAUAGACACAAGUGCACUCUGUGAAAAGCUUAAAGGUCACACUAUUGUCCUGUCCGAAGAUGUUAAGAAAGUACAAGAGGAAUCUCUCUUGCCCACUGCUCUAAUUGAAAGAUUACAAAAACCUCAGAUGUCUUUAGUAGUGUGGAAGCCCAGAGAUAAUGUGCUUGAUAAAAUAAAAGAAGAAAACGAUCAACUGAACUCUGAUGAGGAGACACCUAAGAAAAGAAAUGGAGUCCUUGUACCCGAGCAGUCUAGGAUGGAGAUGGAAAUGUGAUACUGUAUUGAAUAGAUUGAAUAUGAUUUAACUUUUUUUCAUAAAAUGUAUAAGCUUUAAACUUAAGGUUAUACUGACGCCAAUUCUGCUGACCAUAAAUGUCUUAACUGAACGUUUAAAAGUAGUUACAUAUUUUUGCUGUUAAAGUGAAACUUAUUACAUCGCCUCAAACUUUUUCGGCUGUGUGUUUGAAUGUCGCGUGUCGGUCGGCCGCGGAGUAGGGGUAAAGUGACAGGUGCUCGUUAGAGUAGCCGAGAUCAAUAUGGUGGCGCCUAUAGUUCGCGUCAGCUGACUGUGUACUGUAUAGACUAUCACUCAUUAGUGCAUUAGUGCCAGUGCUCCAUAAAAUAUUGGUUACAUUUAAAGUCUACUUUUAACAUUUUUAUUAUAGGGAUAAUUGAUGAAUCAAGCAGAUUGCUCACCUGAUAGUAAGUGGAAAACUCGCCUAUAAACAGGGCAACGCUUCCCAGGGCAUGCAAAGAACCCAUCCUAAAAAGUAUUUCCUCUUUGUAGAUAAUAUAGCGCUACUAAAUUCAAUCUGCCUGUUGAAUAUUUUGAAUUUAGUUUAGUUUGGAGAUUUGUGGUCAACAAAAUUAGCCCAAUUGUAGAGACGAUAGCAAUAACUUGAUAAAUAUUUACGAGUAACAGAAAUGUUGACUAUGUCAAAACCUAACCAAUAAUUAUAGUUCUGUCAACGUCUGCCUUCUAUGGAUUCCAUUUGUUGUAUGGAAUAGUGACAGUAAAACCAACUAAAAGGUUAGCUUAAUUUCAACCAAUUUUUAAGAAGGUAUUUGGCUAUGUUACUUAAAAUUACUGUUGAAUCUAAUUCCAUUAUUCAAUUUUAAUUUUAAUUUUUAAGAAAGUACACAUUGUACAUCCUUAAAAAUUAAAAUUGAAUUAAAUGAAAACUAUGAUAUUCAGAUUAAGCAUGAUAUUGUCCAUUAUUCAUUAACCUUACUGAUAUUGUUAAAGACGUUAAUUAUAUCCCCUGACAGGGGAUACAAUAAUCAACCUGCUAAAGCACGGGAACAUGGAAUAGGAGAAGUUUACCCCCGUUUAUUAUUGAACAUAUAUUAUUUGGAUAUUAUUUCCACUGGUCGCCAAUGCUGUAAGAGUUGAUAAAGCUGUAGGAGAAGAUAAGUUGUUAUCUCUUCCACUGCGAGAUAAUUGGCGCAGGUGGCGCGGAAUUAAAAACUGACUUUGUUAUAUAAGUCCAGCUUUGCAUUGGGAUAGCUUGCAUGCAUAAGACUAAGAAUAGGAUACUUUGUAGCCCGGAAAAUAAUCCCACAUCCAUAUACAACAAAUAAAAAUGGUUCCUUGAAUGCGGGCUUAAUGACAAGUUUUAUAAAAUGACUCUGAUGUACUGAAUGAUGAGUUUAGCGGAAUCUUUCUAAGUUUAUCUUAAUCGAAGCUAAACUAGGUAAUUUUUCUUUGCACUGGGAGAAUUCUAAUUUAAAAAUAUUGCUAUCGACUUUACAAAUGUGUGAUUUGGUAAAAACUAAUAACUAAGGAUUAUUUACAAAUUUUUUUUAUUGUUACAAAUUUAAAAUUUAUGUUGGUAUUAGGAUUCUUUAGAAAUAAGUGAUUUUUCCGUGAUAAUUAAAGUGUGACGUAAAACUCAAAAAAAAUUGAACUGGAUGUUUCGGGAAAAAAUUGAUAAUUAAGUUAAUGUUUUUCCAUCUCAAUGUAAAUUUUGUAAAUGUAAGUGUGCGUGCAAGUCGUUCGGCAAUUGCGUGUAUUGUACCGGAGGCCGAACCCACUGAGAUAUAUAUACGAGACAUUGUAAUUUGGUUCAUUAAAUAUCUAUUUUAAAAAAGUAACUACUUUCUGUAUGAGGUUUGGUUUCCAGUCUUUCAGAUAAAAAAACGCUUGGUAUUAAAAUUUGUGGUUAUUAAAAACUCCCAAAUUUCACGAGGUCCGGUGCGUAUUCAAUUCGAACCAAUAUUUUGCGCAAUUUAAAGAUGUAUGUCACUCCAUAAUAUUGGAUGUCGAUUUUUGGCUAUCACUUUGUUUAUUUACAAUAUUUUUAAAUCGUAUUAUAAGUAUGUUUUGACGUUUUAUAAAUAAAUAAUUUAUUACUCUCUUUUCUAUAUAACCUGACCAACAUCGGAAAUUUAAUUGCAAUAGCGUGCGUGUUAUGACUUCAGUUUGUAAGCGGCAUAUAGGUAAAUGGCAUGUAGAAUAAUAGCUUGCAUUCUUCGCAGUUCGAGCUUUUAUUAUAUUUGUUUCUUAGACUUAUUUGUAUGACUUGCGCGUAGGUAGUUGUAGUAAGAAGUCAAGCAAAAAAAUUAGAUAAUAAUUGAUGUAGUUUAUAUGUUGAAUGUUCUUGUAUUGCGGCCAGACGGCCUUUAACGAUUUUAAAAAUGGAUAUUCUUAGUACCCACCUUAACUAAUUAAUAUUUCAUUCGUGAAUAAAUAUUAUAAUUUUAUGUAAUUUUACAUAGAAUAAAAGAAUGCGUUUUCGCAAACAUACCCA